AUGACAGAACCAGACGAGCUUGAGGAGGAUCUUUUCGCUGAUUUGUAUGAUGGAAAUGACAAUAACCAGCCGACCUCCACGGGAGUAGCCGAUCACUCCGCGGCAGCGGCUCCUUCAUCAGCAGUCCCUCAAACCAAUGAUUAUCAGAAUGGUAGAGGGUACGAACCUUCCUAUGAUAAUUCAAACGUACAUGAUACAUAUCAGAGCCAGGAGACUGGCGGGAGUCAGAGUUACCCUUCAAUGGAUGAGACUUCACAGGACAUAAAUGUACAUACCGGUGACGGUAUACAGUCCACGGAUGGAGAAACACAGGGCACGGGUAUCAAGGAAGACGGGAAGAUGUUCAUUGGAGGCUUGAACUGGGAAACUACAGAUCAAUCUCUAAAGGAUUACUUUUCACAAUUCGGCGAGGUUUCAGAAUGCACAGUCAUGCGUGAUAGCGCUACGGGAAGAUCGAGAGGUUUUGGAUUCCUUACCUUCAGGGAUCCUAAAACCGUCAAUACGGUCAUGGUCAAAGAGCAUUAUCUAGAUGGCAAGAUUAUUGAUCCCAAACGUGCCAUUCCUCGCGAUGAGCAAGAAAAGACCAGUAAGAUCUUCGUGGGAGGAGUCAGCCAGGAAGCCACAGAGCAAGAUUUCAAGCAGUUUUUCAUGCAAUUUGGUCGUGUGGUGGAUGCCACGCUUAUGAUUGACAAGGACACUGGCCGCCCACGAGGGUUUGGUUUCGUGACGUUCGACAGUGAAGCCGCAGUGGAAGCUACGCUGUCUCGACCACUAGAAAUUUUAGGUAAAUCUAUUGAGGUGAAGAAAGCUCAGCCAAGGGGAAACCUGCGAGACGAUGGAGGCCGACGGGGCCGAGAUCAAGGUAUGACUCCGGACAAUAGUCAACAGCAAGGUGGUCAGGGACCAGGAGGUAUGCCCAGUGGUAUCACGCCGCAGAUGAUGGCACAGUACUGGCAACGAAUGCAGCAGUACUUCGCCAUGAUGCAGCAGCAGAUGGCAGCUGCACAGGGCACUGGCAUGGGUGGAAUGAAUAUGGCCGGUAUGAACCCUGCAAUGAUGCAACAAAUGAAACAGAUGCAGAUGGCAGCCGGUCAACAGCCUGGUCAAUCGCCUAGUCCUGGUCCGCAAGGCAUGCAGAAUAUGAUGAACAACCCAGCGAUGAUGCAACAAAUGCAGCAGAUGCAACAAAUGCAAGGCCAAGGCCAAGGCCAAGGACAAGGACAAAUGGGUAUGGGUGGCGGUGGUUAUGGCGCUAAUCGCGGUGGGCCAGGAUACAAUGCUCACGAACAACUAGCCUUCGAGCAACAAAAGUACGAACAACAACAAGCUCGACGAGGUGCCUAUUCACCUUAUCAACAAGGCGGUCCGACAUCAUGGGAAGGCAUGUAUGACGAAGUUCCUCAACCAAAUGUUCCAUCGGGCCCACAAGGUCGUGGUGGUGGAAACAUGGGAAGAGGCGGCAUGCAGAAUCAAGGCAAACCAGGCACUCCGGGUGGCUCUACACCUCCUGCUGCACCUGCCAACGCUCCCACUGGCCCCAGAAACGCUGGACGACCAGGGGCAAACUAUCGCGGCGGAGGUCGUGGAGGUGGUCACCGAGGUUUCCAUCCUUAUUCACGUUAG